AUGAAGAGGAACGAAUCGAGCUCAGCGUUACCGACAACGCAAAGCCCCGCAAGUUUGGAAAGAUCAGAAUCUCCAACGUCUAGUAUCCAACAUAAAGCUCGAACAGCUUCUCCUGUAAACGAUAUUAGUAUAAAUAACAAGGAAAAAGAAAAAGAAGUGUGGAAUCGACAUGAUGAAAACGAAUUGGAAGAAGAUGAUCGGGAUGACUUUGGAACAGCCGCAAUUUCCAACGUUACAACCAAAGCGGGUGAGGCAGAUGAUGAUACAAACGAAAAAGUGAGAACAAGAUAUUUAUUGGAUAGCUUUGACGAAGAACAAAUGCAACGAUAUGAAGUGUUUAGAAGAGCAAAUCUCAAUAAAACGAAUGUCAAAAAGCUGGCGAACCAAAUCCUCAAUCAAAGUGUCACCCCGAACGUUGCGAUUGUCAUAUCUGGAUUUUCUAAGGUUUUUGUAGGUGAAAUGAUUGAACUGGCUCGAAGAAUCCAGGAUCAUUGGGGGGAUACUGGACCGCUUAGUCCUGAUCAUUUGCGAGAAGCAUAUCGACUUUCACGGCAAAACCAAAGAGUAAUCCCAAAAAGUCGUCGUUCAAACAAAAUGUUUCGGUGA